AUGAAUCGCGCUCAAACUCGAUUAUUGACUCGAACAUUUUCGCGGUUAAACGUUUUCCGCUCGUUCCUCAAAAAUCAAACCUUUUUGCCGCCUAAAACCCUUUCCCCGAACAAUUUCCCCCCAAUUUAUCUUCUCAUUUCAGAUCUAAUCAUAAGAUUGUUUAAUUGUUCUCCUCCAAUUCCCUUCCUCCGAGUGAAAAUCGCCGAUAUUAUGGACAGCGACGACGAUUACCAGUCGUUCUCGCCGCCAAAGGAACAGUCGCCGCAAGUCCAACACCGGCGUCUCAAGCGCUUGAAGAAAUCCAGCUCAAAACCCUCAGAUGAUCCUCUGCUCAUAUCAAUCGACGACCCGCUGUUGUUUCCCAACGAAGAUUUCGCGAGAUUGGAAGCUUUGGAGAAUGGUACGGCAACUCCCGAUUCAUCUUCCGACGACUUAGAUUCUACCGAGGAGGCAGGUUUAUCCCGGAAGCCGCCAUCGCAGGGAUAUGAUGAUGAGAGCGGGAUGGGGAAUAAGGAUGAAAUGGAAAGUGGGCCUUUUGAGAAUGUUAAGAAAACAAAGAGGGUUUUGGAGUUUGAUGAUCCUGUGAUGGGUGGUGGUGAUGCAGGCGAAGGGUUCGAGGGGUUUGAGCUGGAUAAGGACAGGAAGCAAAGGACUGGGGAAGAGGAUGUGCUUGGUGAAGGAGACGAUGAUAUGAAGAUAAACAGGAAGAAGAAGCAGAAGAAGAGUGGGGACAGUAAUGGUGGUGAUGAGUUGCAGACCAAUUUGCGGGGUACAAAUAAAAGGACAGAAAAAAAGGAAAGGAAUGCUUACCUGAAGGAGCUUCAUGCUGAAUCUCAGAGGUUAUUACGAGAAACAAGGGAUGCAUCAUUUAAACCUAUACCAGUGGUGCAGAAGCCUAUAUCAUCAGUUUUAGAUAAAAUACGGAAGCGAAAGCUCGAAAUCUCAAAGAAAUUUGUGGACAUAAAAGACCAGAACUAUGUUUAUGAUGGAAGUAUCAGUCCAAAAGAUAGAAUAGCGGACCUUGAUGUCUCUUAUGAAGAGAGGGAAGAAGAAAUUUUGGAAAUAUUAGUGGAAAAGGAGAAAGUUGGGCCUUCCCUGGAAGAAUCAAGUAGCUUGGCUGCUUCCAGUAUGGACGGACUCAUAGACACUGCUAAACAGACAAUUAAUGAGAAUCAUCUGCAACAAUCACCAGUUGAAGAUGCACCACCUGCAUUUCGAGCACCAGUGUUUGACACAGAGGAUCUUUUUGAUGUUUUAGAACCAAAUGGUAUAACAGCCACAGCAAGUGAUGAACCAAGUAGUCCUCUGGAAGAAGAUUUUGCUCCAUCCUUGCUUACUUUGAACUUGAAGUUUGAUUCAGCUCCUGUUGAUGACAGUGCUUCAGAUGAAGAUGAUAAUGACAAAGAGAAUGUUGAUCCCCAUCCUUGUGGAAUUGCCGAUGGUAGCUCAAGUCCAAAAGGUGAAUUUGCAAAAGACUUUAUUGAUGAUGAAGCAGAGGAAGAAGAUGACAGUGAUAACGAUCUUAGUCGCUUCAAAGAAAAUGAUGAUGCUGAGGAUGCUGAAGAUUUUGUUGAACUUAAUGAUAUGAUAGCAACUGGGUACGAAGAAAGGUCCAUCGACAAUGAAAGGCGUAAUGAACUUCAUCAGAAGUGGCUUGAGCAGCAAGAUGCUGCGGGAACUGAUAAGCUUAUGCAGAAAUUGAAUUUUGGUUCGGGACUCAGAGAAGCAAUGUUACUGGAUAAGGAACCUGAAAUUGAUGAGAAUGAUCAAGAACUUGGUGACAACGAUGAUGAUGACAAUAUUGACAACGAAAGUGAUGAAGGGGAAGAAAAUCCUCUUCCACGGAAUUCUGCCAGAAUAAAUACGAAAAAGGCCAAACAGAUAAUUUUAGAGAUGUUGACUGACAAAGACGAUGCUUAUGUAUCAGAUGAUGAUGAUGAUGACACACAAAGACGGCAUGCACGUCGUCUCCUUAUUAGAAAAGAAAAGCAGACUACUGUUGUGUCACCUGCUGAAGAUGAGAGUUCCAGGGAAGUCUUUGGUCUUAUUAAGAAGCUAAAUAUUGUCCCCGACAAUAAGAAAAAACCAAAAGCAACGUCAUUCUUUGACACGGUGUUAAAGGGAGGAAAUAGCAACAGCUCUUCAAAGUCAUCUUUCCUUGGACGAGUAUCAAAUCAUUCAAUGUCAUCAUCUCACAAGCAAGGGUCAGGAGCAGUUCGAUCUUUUAUUUUUGGAAGGGAUGACAGUAAUAGCAGAAGUUCUAUGUCAAUUUCAGAGGAUUCUUCAGAUACUGUUUCUCAAGAAGCUCGACCCACCAGGACUCUAACUGCUAAGUAUAUCAGCUCGCAGACCAAAUUCACAAGCCAAAGCCGACAAUCUGCUUUAGAGACAUCAUCAAGGACUUCAUUGCUCGAUAUUUUGAAGCAAUCAUCAUCACGACCACAAGCCUGCAACACAGACACUGCAGUCGAUCUGAUGAAAGGCAUAUUUGCUUUUAGAGCUCCGAAAAACCCGACUAAGUUGGAAGGAAGAAGCUAAAAAUCACCACUUGCAAAAAUAUUGCAUCUUUUGCAUCGAGUUUAGGUGCUAUCAGCUUUUGCAUUUGGUAUGCAUGUUUGCAUCGACUUUUCUCCUUUUUUUGGGUUGAUGGUUUUGGUGCAUGAAAUCUGUAUGCAUCCAUAAGAUUAUGCGAUUAUAUGUGAGGUGAGGUUGUCUGCCUGCUUCAAGGGUGAAGCUUAGGGUUCUAAUUUUAUUCAAGUAUUUGGAUGGGUGAGAAUAUUCAACAUGACAUGUAGUAAGCCUUUUAAGUUAGAUUAAAACUUUUAAUUUGCUUCAAGUUUGGGUUCUUUUUCGGUUAGAUUGAAACUUUUUGAUUUGCUUCAAGUUUGAUUACUUUUUCCUUCAUCUUCUUUUUCCAAUAAGCAUGGCAGAAUUUGGUGCUAGAAAUUGUUGUGUUUAUGAGAAUGUUGUGCCAAAUUUUUGUUGAAGAGAACUUAUGUCAGAAUGUAAAUUGCUUAAAAUUAUUAGUAUUUUCCUAGUCAUUAGCUAAAAUGCUAAUAAGUU